CAAGACAAAGCAAGAUGAGGGACGGCAGCACAUCUGUUUGUGGAAUGCAGCCAGAAAAAUGGCAUCUUCUCGGCGGCAUUAUCAUCGCAUCUGUCACGCCGAUGCUGGAUGCCUUUCAUCACCACAAGCUGCCAUCCACGAGCGGCCGGCUGGGGCGGCCAUUGCGAAGAGCACAUGUGCGCCUGCCGAAGUUAGUCACGAUGGAAGUGGCGAUGGAAGACGCAUCGAUACUGGAUCUCAAGCGGCAAGUGGAGGAGAAGGGGCUGGGAGACCGGCAACUCAUUGGCUAGUGAGCAAACCAAGAUGACGCAAACGAACAGCUCAUCCAUCCAUCCAUCCAUCCCAUACGUUGGGUUCGUGUCUGUCUGCAGCUACACUGCAAAGCUGAAGGCCUUCAAGAGAGAGCUCUACGGCAAGCUGGCUGGUGCAGAUGGGGUGCUGGACAGCGACAGCACCCAUAUGACGGACACCCUGCGUCAGGUUGAUCCGCUGCCCGAGCCAGCCAAGAGCCUGUCCUCCAUCGGCGGCACAUAUCAACACAUCUCCACCCCCUACCUCGCACACAACAAGAGCGAGGCGGUCCACCUCCACAACGCUCUGCAGCAGCUGUUCCCCGUGCUCAUGUCCAGCCCUCUGACCGACUCGGCCAUGCUCUCAUCUGACGACACCGUGGCCAUCGACUCUGCCGAUGUGGAGCUGCUGAGUGAUGCGCGAGAAAGCGCCGCGAAUGGCACUCUCACGCUGCGGUACGAUCUUCGCUUUGUGGAUGGGGAGAGGACAGUGCCGAUCUCUGUGGAGCAUGGGAUUGCCCCGAUUGAGGCGCGUAAGUGGUCAGUGAGGCCGCUGAGAGUGGUGGUGGGGCAACCUGGGGAUGGUGAUUCGGCCGAGAUGAAGUCGACUGACGCAUCAGUGUCGCUGGUCGAUGUGAUAAUGCGCGAGAGGGAGAGUGGGGGCCAGCCUGUGUGUGUGAGCCUGGGUGAUGGUGGGUGUGUAGUCGACGUCGUCUGUGAGAUCGUUUAUUUCGACGACCAGACGCUCAUUCUCGAUAUGAAGACGUAUAGCAAGAGUGAGGGCGGGCAGGAGAGUGAGAAGAGGCUGAUGCUAGCGUCGUGUAGGUGGGUGCUGGGCAGGACCGGUCGACAGUACGAUGAAUGAGUGAGUGACUCGUUAGCGCCCGUGUAUGUGUGUCAGUCAAUCGAUAUUUG